GCCACCAACCAAAAGUUUACAAGGGUUGUGAACAUGGGACAGUGCUUGCUUCCUUGAAAUUAGAAAACUAUUUAUAGAUAAAAAAAAAAGGAGUGCUUUACAAUACAAAAUGUCUGAAAAUUGCUUGAAUCGAAUCAAUGCUUGACAUCAGUAACGCCUUCUGUAGAGAUCUGAAAGCGUGCAUCAGCUUUAGCCAAACAUGGAGAGCUUAUUACUUUACAGAUGCACUCUUCCCCUUUUUUAUGGCAUUUGGAAUAGCCAAAGGCCUUUUGUUCCUUCAUGAAUGGUCACCUCUAAAGAUUGUUCAUAGAGACAUUAAGGCAACAAAUGUGUUACUUGAUAGAGAUCUUAAUGCUAAGAUAUCAGAUUUUGGAUUGGCUAAGCUUCAUGAAGAGGAUGACAGCCACAUUAGCACUUGAAUUGCUGGAACUAUAGGAUACAUGGCUCCAGAAUAUGCAUUAUGGGGUGUUAUUUGACUGAAAAGGUAUUCGCUUUGCAACGAAUGGAAGACUUACUGGUGCUAAUAGAUCCAAAUUUGGAGAGUAAUUUUAACAAGGAAGAGGCUGAAACAGUUCUCAAACUGGCUCCUUUAUGCACCAAUGCAUCUCCAACGCUAAGGCCUACAAUGUCAGAAGUGGUUGGUAUGCUUGAAGAACAAACUGCUAUUACUAAUGUGGUUUCUGAUCCUGAUAUAUUUCGUGUUGAUUUGGAAAAUGACUUGAGAUUUAAUUCCCUCAAAAACUACUAUCAACAAGUUCAAAGGAAGAAUUCUUCUAAAACCCAAGGUUCCAGUUCUUUCAACAAAAAAUUUAGUGAACCUUCUAUAAGUAGUUCUGCUCAUGAUCUCUACCAAGUCAAUCCUGAAUCCUUAUCUCUUCAUGAUCUAUAUGAAAUCAAUCCUCUGGCACAUUACAAAAUCAAUAAUGAUCAUAUUGAAACCUUUUCCUGAAGUUUUUGCGACAAGAGACAAGUAAAAAAGCUCGGUACAACGAACCUUGUUGUGGAGCCAUGCGCAAUGAUGUUACCAUCAAUGGGUUUAAACUGAGGACCAGCAAAGAGUGCAGAGCCAUCUACUUGUGCAACUACUUGGUUUGUAAUAACAACAACAACAACACCA